GAAUUUAGUCCAAUAUUAUGGAGAAGGAAAACAAGCUAAAAGCAGAGACUUCAUUGGAAAAUCCGAUGUUUUCACAAUAUAUUCAAACUAGCUUUUCUUUACCAAACAUCUUUGAUAUGUUGUGUGAAACUGCAAAUGAUUCUUCAGAUUUUUGAUAACAUGUUUGGUGCUCAUCUUCUCGAUUUCAAUACUACUACUCCUUCCAUUUUUGAUUUGCUUCAAACUCCACCACCUCAAUCACUGGCUAAUAUUCCAUCUCCAACUUCCACAUUUCAAGAAUCAUCAGAGUUGGUGAAUAAUCCGACGACCCCCAAUCCGUUGUCUAUUUCUUCAUCAUCAACUGAAGCUGCCGAGGAUGAUCAGCAGAGCAAUACAGUAAAGCAACAAGAUGAAGAUGAAGACAAGUAUAAGAAACAGUAAGCUUAA